CGGGCUGCCAGGCUGGGCCCGCGGGAUGGGUAGGGCCGGGCGCGAUUGCAUUGUGGGGAGGGAGACCAGGGCUCCGCCGGGACUUGCUCCUGGCGCCGGCAGCUGCAACUUGGGCCCCCCAGCCGGCAGCCCGCCCAGGGCCAUGCCCCCCGACAGCCAUCUCGUGCCCACUGGCAUCGUCCUGGGGCAGCUGAACUGAGAGUACCCAACUGCCCGGAACACACCUCCGCUGCACUCCUCCGAGGCGGUAAGUACCUGCCACCCUUGGCCCCAAAGACAUCCCUGGGAAGGGGCAGGAAGUCACAUGCACAGACCACCGGAGGCUUGGGUUCCAACGUCCUGCCCCUCCCCCGGGCGUGCCACCCCCUCCACACCCCCUGGCACCCGCCUGUGCCAGCGUACGCUGCAGGAGAAGGACCCGGAGUCGAGAGGAAGUGGCCGAGCCCCAGGGUGGCCGGGGCCUUCCUGCCUGUAUCCCCCUGAUAAGCAGCUCCAGGGGGGCCUGGCUCCGGGCUCCAGGCUCCAGCCUGGACUUGUGUCCCCACUGGCAGCUGGGGGUGUCAAAUGGUGGGGGACACCAUUCCCUCUUGCUCCGGGCUGCCAAGCUCUCUUUCCGGCUCUCUUCUCACAGCCCCCUCGGGUCUCACUGCCCCACUGAGGGGCCGCCAGGGCCCACCUCCCUCCAGCCCUGCCACCCCCGCCAUCCCUGGGGGGUCCCAGGGCCUUCGCCAGCCCCCGCCCCGACCACUGCCAGCUGGUUGUUCGCCCCUUGGGGCCCCCAAGCCCAGCCCUGUUCUCAUGCGCCCUGACCUUCACCCCCUGCUCCUUGCCAGCUUUGGGCCCCCUGCUUCCAGCUGCCUCAGUUUCUCCCUGGCUCUCUGGGCUCCUUCCAUGACCUCUCUCUUCCCUGCAGCCCACCCGUGCAUGGCUCCCUCUUUGCAGCUUGCAUGGGCAGCCCCGGGCAGCCCUGCUGUCCCCGGCCCUCAUGCCGUGGGGGCCUCUGCCCCUUGCUGCCUGCCCCGCAGCUUGCCUUCUCCCCCAUCCCUGAGCUCCUGUCCUCUCGGCUCCUCGCCUGGGCACUCCCGGCCCCUCUGACCCUGGCUCUCUCCUGCACACCGCCUCUGGCCGGCCUUGGCCUCUGGCCAUCUCCCGUCCCUCCCCUAGCCUCCUCUGUGGUCCCCUUGUCUCCCCGAGUCCCCCUCUCCAGGUUCUCAAGCCUUUUCAGGAUCUGCCCCUCUACAAUCCGGAAACAUAAGGUCCAAGAGGAAGGAACCCCGCUCUCUUUCCUCGUGGGCAAGUCUUUCUGCACCCCCUCCCACCCCCUUUCUAUCCCUGUCCCUCUAGGUGUCCUCCUCUCUGUCUGUCCCUCUGUCUUGUGAUCCCUCUGGCCUGCUCUCUUGGCUCCCCUCCCCCACUUCACUGUCCUCUCCCUGCCUCUCUCUCUCUGUGCCCCCCUGAUUUCUCUCUCUCGGCCCCCCUCCUUCGUUCCCAUCUCUGCCCUGCCUUUGGCCCCCCCCCAUCUUUCCGGGUCCUUCCAUGCCCUGCUUGGCACCUCACCCGGCCCGGCUCUCCCCCAGGGCCCUGCGAUGGCGCCCCGGCCUCCCUUCCGCCUCCACCUCCUCCUGCUGCUGCUGUCACUGCCGCCGCCACUGCCCCUGACCCUGGCCCAGCGCUUCUCUGCAGCUAACACCACCCUCAACCACCUGGCGCGGGCGCCAGGCCCGGGCUCGCUCUACGUCGGUGCUGUCAACCGCCUCUUCCAGCUCAGCCCUGACUCGCUGCAGCUGGAGGCCACGGCCGUCACCGGCCCCGUCCUCGACAGCCCUGACUGCGUGCCCUUCCGCGACCCGGCUGAGUGCCCGCAGGCCCGGCUCACCGACAACGCCAACCAGCUGCUGCUGGUGAGCAGCCGCACCCGGGAGCUGGUGGCCUGCGGGCAGGUGCGGCAAGGGGUGUGCGAGAAGCGGCGCCUCGGGGACGUGGCCGAGGUGCUGUACCAGGCUGAGGACCCCGGCGAUGGGCAGUUUGUGGCGGCCAACGUCCCGGGAGUGGCCACGGUGGGCCUGGUGGUGCCCGGGCCUGGACGAGAGCUCCUGCUGGUGGCCAGGGGCCUGGCGGGCAAGCUGGCGGGGGGCGUCCCUCCCCUGGCCGUGCGCCAGCUGGCGGGUCCACAGCCCUUCUCCAGCGAGGGCCUGGGCCGCCUCGUGGUGGGCGACUUCUCCGACUACAACAACAGCUACGUGGGUGCCUUCGCCACGGCCCACUUUGCCUACUUUGUCUUCCGCCGCCGUGGGGCCCGGGCGCAGGCCGAGUACCGCUCCUACGUGGCCCGCGUCUGCCUGGGUGACGCCAACCUCUACUCCUAUGUGGAGGUGCCCCUGGCUUGCCGGGGCCAGGGCCUUGUCCAGGCAGCCUUCCUCGGCCCGGGCACCCUGCUGGGGGCAUUCGCCGCGGGCCCUAGGGGGUCACAGGCGGCUCUGUGCGCCUUUCCGCUGGCUGAGCUGGAUGGUGGCAUGGAGCAGGCCCGGCGGCUCUGCUACACAGUGGGCGGCCGGGGCCCCAGUGGCGCAGAGGAAGCCACGGUGGAGUAUGGCAUCACCUCCCGCUGUGUCACCCUGCCCCCGGACUCCCCGGAGUCGUAUCCCUGCGGCGACGAGCACACCCCCAGCCCCAUAGCCGGCCGCUGGCCCCUGGAGGCCGAGCCCCUGCUGCAGCUCGCACAGCCCAUCAGCGCAGUGGCCGCCCUCCAGGCGGACGGGCACACACUGGCCUUCCUGGGGGACAGCCAGGGCCAGCUGCAUAAGGUCUUGCUCAACGGCUCCCGCGGCCAGGUGUACCACUCCGAGCAGGUGGGGCCUGUGGGCUCAGCCAUCAGCCCCGACCUGCUGGUGGACGGCAGCAGCAGCCACCUCUAUGUCCUGACUGCCCAGCAGCCUCCCCCUGCAUCUGCCCAGGUGGCCCGGGUGCCCGUGGCAGCCUGCCCCCAGUUCCCUGACUGCGCCAGCUGCCUGCAGGCCCGGGAUCCGCUGUGUGGCUGGUGUGUCCUCCAGGGCAGGUGUACCCGGAAGGGCCAGUGCGAGCGGGUGGCCCAGCUGGACCAGUGGCUGUGGAGCUAUGGGGGGGACAGCCGCUGCCUGCAAAUCCAGGCCCUGCAGCCGGCCCACCACCCCCGCCAGGAGCAGGGCCAGGUCACCCUGUCUGUCCCCCGGCUGCCCGGCCUGGCUGUGGACGAGUACUUCCACUGCGCCUUUGGGGACUAUGACAGCCUGGCUCAAGUGGACGGGCCCGACGUGGCCUGCGUCACCCCUCCCCAAGACCAGGUGCCCCCCAACCCUCCAGGCACAGACCACGUCACUGUGCCCCUGACCCUGAUGUUCGAGGACGUGGCCGUGGCGACUGCCAACUUCUCCUUCUACGACUGCAGUGCCGUGCAAGCGAUGGACGUGGCGGCCCCGUGCCGCGCUUGUGUGGGCAGCUUCUGGCGGUGUCACUGGUGCCCCCAGAGCAGCCAGUGUGUGCACGGGGCCCAGUGCCCCGAAGGCGAGAGGACUGUCUACAGUGCCCAGGAGGUGGACUUCCAGCUGGGCGGCCCCGAGGCCUGCCCGCAGAUCGAGGGCCUGGCAGGUCCCGCCCUGGUGCCUGUGGGCUGGGAGAGCCGCCUGGCCCUGCGCGUGCGGAACCUCCAGUACUUCCGGGGCCGCCCUGCCCCCUACCACUGCUGGCUGGAGCUGCCGGGAGAGCUGCGGAGGCUGCCUGCCGUCCUGGAGGAGGCUGCCGGGGCCGCAGGCCUCAUCCGCUGCCAGGCCCAGCAGUUCCGCCCCGCCACGUCCCAGCGGGAGCUCCCGGUGCCCAUCUACGUCACCCGGGACGAGGGCCAGCGGCUGGACAAUGCGGCCGCUCUUCACGUGACCCUGUACGACUGUGCCGCGGGCCACCCCGACUGCAGCCACUGCCAGGCAGCCAACCGGAGCCUGGGCUGCCUGUGGUGCAGCCACGACCGGCCAGCCUGUCGCUAUGGGCCCCUGUGCCCACCCGGGGCCGCCGAGCCGCUCUGCCCCAUGCCCAGCAUCCACUCGAUCGAGCCCCUGACUGGCCCCCCCGAGGGAGGCCUGGCCCUCACCAUCCUGGGCUCCAACCUGGGCCGGGACUUUGCUGAUGUGGAGGACGCCGUGCGUGUGGCUGGCCUGCCCUGCAGCCCCGACCCGGCUCUCUACCAGAUCUCGGCCCGGAUCGUGUGUGUGACGUCUCCCGCCCCCAACGGCACCGCUGGGCCCGUGCAAGUGGCCGUCAGGAGCCGGCCGCCCGGUAUCUCCAGCCAGCGCUUCACCUACCAGGACCCGGUCCUGCUGAGCCUGAAUCCCCGGUGGGGCCCCCAGGCAGGGGGCACCCAGCUCACCAUCCGGGGGCAGAACCUGCACACAGGAAGCAACAUCAGUGCCUUUGUGGGGGACCAGCCCUGCCCCAUCCAGGAGCCUGUGUGUCCUGAGGCCAUUGUGUGCCACACCAUGCCCCAGGCAGUCCCGGGGGAAGCCGCGGUCCGAGUGGUCUUCGGCCAUGCCCAGCGUACACUGCGCACCAGCCCCUUCCUCUACACUGUGGACCCCCAGCUGCUGGCGGCGGAGCCCAGCACCAGCUUCCGGGGGGGUGGGCGGCUCAUCCGCGUCCAGGGGAGCAGCCUGGACGUGGUGCAGCGGCCCCUGCUGUCGGUGUGGCUGGAGACCCCCGUAGAGGUGCAGGCUAGGGGGGCGCUGGCCAGGCCCCAGGACCCAAAGCCCAGGAGGAGCUGCGGGGUCGCUGCUGCCGACCCCCAGGCUUGCAUCCAGCUUCCGGGGGGCUUGCUGCAGUGCUCCACCGUCUGCACCGUGAACUCGUCCAGCCUCCUCCUGUGCCUGAGUCCCGCCGUGCCCGACGGGGCGCGCCCGAGCCGAGUCUUCUUCGCCCUGGACAACGUGCUGGUGGACUUCGCCCGCACCAGCGGGGGCCAGGACUUCCGCUACCAGCCCAACCCGCGCCUGGUCCCGCUCAGCCGCCACGGGCCCACCCGGCCCUUCCGCCUCAAGCCGGGCCACGUGCUGGACGUGGAGGGCGAGGGCCUCAACCUGGGCAUCAGCAAGGAGGAGGUGCGCGUGCGCAUCGGGGCCGGCGAGUGCCUGGUGAAGACGCUCACGCUCACCCACCUGUACUGCGAGCCGCCCCCGCGGGCCCCGCGGGCGGCCAACGGCUCUGGCUCCCUGCCGCAGUUCGAGGUGCAGAUGGGCAACGUGCGGCUGGCGCUGGGCCCCGUGCAGUACGAGGCGGAGCCCGCGCUGGCCGCCUUCCCUGUGGCGGCUCAGGUGGGCCUGGGGAUGGGCGCCGCUGUGUUGAUCGCCGCCGUGCUCCUCCUCACUCUCAUGUACAGGCACAAGAGCAAGCAGGCCCUGCGGGACUACCGGAAGGUUCUGGUGCAGCUGGAGAACCUGGAGAUCGGCGUGGGCGACCAGUGCCGCAAGGAGUUCACAGACCUGAUGACUGAGAUGACAGACCUUAGUAGCGACCUGGAGGCCAGCGGAAUCCCCUUCCUGGACUACCGCACAUACGCCGAGCGUGUCUUCUUCCCGGGCCACGGCGGCCGCCCGCUGCAGCCCCUGCCCGACGGGCCCCAGGAAGAGGGCUGCCGCGCCACCGUGCGCCAGGGCCUCACGCAGCUCUCCAACCUGCUCAACAGCAAGCUUUUCCUCCUCACGCUCAUCCGCACCCUGGAGGGGCAGCCCGGCUUCUCCCAGCGGGACCGCUGCCACGUGGCUUCUCUGCUGUCCCUGGCGCUGCACGGCAAGCUCGAGUACCUGACGGACAUCCUGCGGACCCUGCUUAGUGACCUGGCCGCCCAUUAUGUGGACAAGAACCCCAAGCUCAUGCUGCGCAGGACGGAGACCAUGGCGGAGAAGCUGCUCACCAACUGGCUGGCCAUCUGUCUCUACGCUUUCCUGAGGGAGGUAGCUGGGGAGCCGCUGUACAUGCUCUUCCGAGCUAUCAAGUACCAGGUGGACAAGGGCCCCGUGGACGCUGUGACAGGCAAGGCCAAGCGGACCCUGAACGACAGCCACCUGCUCCGGGAGGACGUGGACUUCCGGCCGCUGACGCUGCUGGUGCUGGUGGGCCCUGGGGCUGGCGGGGCCGCGGGCAGCGGCGGGGAGCAGCGUGUGCCGGCCCGGGUGCUUGACACCGACACGGUGACCCAGGUCAAGGAGAAGGUGUUGGACCAGGUCUACAAGGGCACGCCCUUCUCCCAGAGGCCCUCAGUGCAUACCCUAGAUCUUGAGUGGCGUUCAGGCCUGGCAGGUCACCUAACCCUGUCUGACGAGGACCUGACUUCCGUGACCCAGAACCACUGGAAGAGGCUUAAUACUCUCCAGCACUACAAGGUCCCAGAUGGGGCAACAGUGGGGCUCAUCCCCCAGCGGCACAAUGGGGGUGCCGUCUCCCAGAGCCUGGCCCAGAGCUGCUCCUCCGGGGAGAAUACCCCCAUGCUCGAGGACGGCGACGAGGGCGGGGUGCGCCUCUGGCACCUGGUGAAGGCCACCGAGGAGCCAGAAGGGAGCAAGCCGCGGCGCAGCAGCCUGCGGGAGCGGGAGCGGGCGCGGGCCAAGGCCAUUCCGGAAAUCUACCUCACCCGCCUGCUCUCCAUGAAGGGCACGCUACAGAAGUUCGUGGACGACACCUUCCAGGCCAUCCUCAGCGUGAACCGCCCCGUGCCCAUUGCGGUCAAGUACCUGUUUGACUUCCUGGACGAGCUGGCGGAGAAGAACGGCAUCGAGGACCCAGAGACCCUGCACAUCUGGAAGACUAACAGCUUGCUGUUGCGGUUCUGGGUGAACACCCUGAAGAACCCCCAGUUCAUCUUCGACGUGCGGGUGUCUGACAACGUGGACGCCAUCCUCACUGUCAUCACGCAGACCUUCAUCGACUCCUGCACCCUCUCAGAGCACAAAGUGGGCCGGGAUUCCCCGGUGAACAAACUGCUCUACGCCCGAGAGAUCCCUCACUACAAGCAGAUGGUGGAGAAGUACUAUGCCGACAUUCGCCAGAGCUCCCCCGCCAGCUACCAGGAGAUGAACUCCGCCCUGGCUGAGCUCUCCGGGAACUACACCUCCACGCCCCACUGUCUGGAGGCCCUGCAGGAGCUCUACACCCAUAUCCACAGGUACUACGACCAGAUCAUCGGCGCACUGGAGGAGGACCCCGUGAGCCAGAAGAUGCAGCUGGCCUGCCGCCUGCAGCAGCUCGCCGCCCUGGUGGAGAACAAAGUCACUGACCUGUGAGCUCCAGCCAGCCUGGGGAGCAGCCAGCAGGCUGCCCCACCGCAGUGCCUUAUGAGCCCCAGAUGGAGCCAGGACUGGGGGAGGGGCUGGCAGGGCGGGAGGGGGGCAGCAGCCAGGCGCUGUGCCCUGCAGUGGGUUCCCUGCAGCCGCCUCUCCCCUCCAGCCCGCCCUGCACUCCCCCGCUCCGGGUUCAUCUCUAAGUUAUAGCAAUCCCUACCCCUUUUUCAGCUUCCCUCCACUGUAUUUAUUUGCUUGCUGGAAAAAUCACAUCUGGAAAUAAACUACAAAUAUACCUUUUUAGAAAAAGCCCAGUCCCUCUCUACUACCCCCAGACCAAUGCCCUGCUCUGGGAGCCCCCCAGCCCCCCUUGGCUGUGACGCCUGCUGCGCCUUACUCA